AUGCAUCAUUGUCUUUACACAAAAGAUAAAAAGAAAAAGCUUAAAAAAUGGGAGGAAGGAUUUUAUAAAUAUUUUAAUAAUAAAAUAACUGUAUACGAUUCUGAUAAAAAACUUGUUUGUACAAAAGUAACUGAUUUAGAGAAUGAAAUUGAUACUUUUAAAUAUUUAAUUUAUAUAGAAAAUUUAGAAGAUAAAGAAAAUAAAGAAUGUGAAAUUUUUACACCAGUGUGCGAUACUAAAGAAGAAAGCGCUGAUGUAAGUGAAAUAUCGCAGAAAUAUUAUUUUAAACGAAGUAAUAAAGAUAUAUUGAAUUUAAUUAAAAAUGUAAAAUUUAAUAAAUAA